AGCAUCUCAUCACGACCCUCAGUCUCUGAGUCUCUCUCUUGAUUCCUCUGCAGUUUCUCUCCGGUACCCCAAAAAGAAGAGAAUUGGUAAUUUCUUGGUCGAACAGACGCCAAAAAUUGAGUUUUCGUAUUAGGAAGUAGAGUUGUUGGCGGUUCAGCGAGUUAGGAUUUUGAGUUAGUUUCAGCACAGCGAGCAGCUUGUGAAGCUAUGGAGACUUAUAAGAGAUGGGUUAGAAGAAAUAGAGACUAUGUGCACUCCUUGGAGUCUCUUGCCAAUGGAUUGACAUGGCUUUUUCCUGAACGGUUUUCUGAGUCAGAGAUAGGACCAGAAGCAGUAACAACUAUAUUGGGCAUAAUUACUGCUCUCAAUGAACAUAUAAUCGAGACCACUCCAUCCCAGAAGGGCAUAGGUUCCCCAGAGCGUUAUUCGUUCCCUUAUUCAUUAUGUGUUUCUGCACUGAAGGACUUGGAAACCUUAGUUGAAGUUGUGGCACAACAUUAUUAUGGUGAUGACAAGAAAUGGAAUUUCAUUGCUAUAACAGAAUCUACCAAGGUCUUAGUUAGGUUAGCUUUGUUCCGGAACAGUGGAUACAAGAUGCUUCUGCACGGAGGAGAGACAUUAAAUGUUGAAGAACCUUCAAAUAAUUUGAGUUCUCAGCAUAGAACUGGAAAUCCCUCAAAGCCUGGAGCGCAUCAUGCUCCUGGUUACUUAAAAAAUAAAGUUGCACUGGACCCUUGGAAUCUAGAAGGAAGGGCUUUAUCUGCUUUGAACAGGCUCGGAGAAAAUGCUAGGAUGGUUUCUGAGCCUGCAUGGUUGCAGAGGAUUCAACAUCAGCAUGCAAUAUUGGAGGAGCAUAAAACUUCGGUGGUUGAGAGGCCAACCCUUUCGUCACUAUUGUCUAAGAAGGGUAUUAACGGGGCUUUAUUUGUGAUGGGAGAGGUGCUUUUUAUUACAAGACCACUUAUUUAUGUUUUAUUUAUCAGAAAAUAUGGAAUUAGAUCAUGGAUUCCUUGGUUUCUUUCCCUGGGUGUGGAUUUUAUGGGAUUUAGCUUUCUAUCACUAGUUACGAAUUCAAGACAUGGUGGAACAGACCAAAAGUUUCAUCUUUCUAUACCUGAAAAGGAUGAGUUGAAAAGAAGGAAACUUUUAUGGGCACUUUAUGUCAUGAGGGAUCCAUUCUUUAGCAAGUAUACGAGGAAAAGACUUGAACAUACUGGAAAGCUAUUGGAAUCUGUUCCUGUAAUCGGGUUCCUAACAGAAAAACUUACAGAGCUUGUUAUGGGAGCCCAAACACGAUACACUUAUAUGUCAGGGUCGUAAGAUGAAGAUCUUUAAGAAGUUACACUCGACAUUUUUACAUUCUGUAAGUGAAGUAAUCCCCCAGCUCGUAGGAUACGGGUUUGAAUUUUUGUUAUUCCGUAUUCUGUACCCAAGAUACAGGUGAAAUAUCAAAUGGUUGUUUCAGCUUGAAUUACCACUGUAUUAUUGAUAAAUAAGAAAUACAAUAUUUUUUUUUUCUUGAA